AUGGGAAGAGGGAAGAUCGCGAUAAGGAGGAUUGAUAACACGACGACGAGGCAGGUGACCUUUACGAAGAGAAGGAAUGGGUUGCUGAAGAAGGCGAGAGAGCUUGCCGUCCUUUGUGAUGCAGAGAUCGGCCUUAUCGUCUUCUCCAACACAGAUAGGCUCUAUGAUUUCGCCAGCACCAGCAUGAAAUCGGUGAUUGAACGAUACAGCAAGAUAAAAGAGGAUCGUCACCUAGUGAUGCAUUCAAAUUCAGAGAUUCAGUUCUGGCGGAGGGAAGCAACAUGCUUGAGGCAGCAACUGUAUAACUUGCAAGAAAAUUAUCGGCAGCUGAUGGGUGAUGUUAACGGGCUAGGUCUCAAUGAUCUACAGACCUUAGAGAAUCAGCUAAAAGCAAGUUUACAUGCAAUACGAAAAAAGAAGGACCAAGUUUUAAUUGAUGAAGCUCAAGAGCUAAUUCAGAAGGUCAGGAUUAUGGACAGAAAGUACAUGGAUAUCUACAAAAAGAUAAACCCCUAUGUUCAAGAAAAUAUGGAAUUACACCAACAGGUUGAUGCAAGUGCAAGAUUUAAUGGAGGAUUUACCACUUGCGGUUCUCUUAGUCCCACAUCAACUGAUCUUGAAUUAAGCCCACCACAGCAGCAAACAAGUGGAACGCAAGAUGACGUGCUGAAGCUUGGGUAA